UGAUAGUACGAUGGAGUUUUAUUCUUUGUCUGAACGGGCUAGUAAAAGCAAAACCCUGGAUGAAGAUAAACGCUAGUGCCCCACUUUGGUUUUCCACUCUCUUUUCUCUUUAUCUUCUCUCUUUUGUUUUCUUUUGUUUGAGGAACAAACGGUGGAAACCUAAUAGCUAUAGAGUUACCCUACACUUAUAAAAAAGAGGAACAGCUUCUUGCCCUAAAGAAAGAGGAGGGAAUUUCGGGAAGAGCAGAAAAGAAAGAAGAAAAAAGGGUUUCUGAAAAUACCAUAGUUUUCUUUUUUUAACAAGAAAAAAUAUUUUAUUUUAUUUUAUUUUAUUUUUAAAUUCGGUACAAUAUAAGAGCAUUAAAAAAAACGAAUAGGAAUGGGAAGAGGAAAAGUGGAGUUGAAGAGGAUCGAGAACAAGAUAAAUCGACAGGUGACAUUUGCAAAGAGAAGGAAUGGAUUGCUAAAAAAGGCUUAUGAGCUUUCAAUUCUUUGUGAUGCAGAGGUUGCUCUCAUCAUUUUCUCUAACCGUGGCAAGCUCUAUGAGUUUUGCAGCGCUUCUAGCAUGGCUAAGUCACUUGAGAGGUACCACAGGUACACCUAUGGACUAUUGGAACCUGGUCAAACAGAAAUUGACUCACAGAGCAACUACCAGGAAUAUUUGAAGCUCAAAGCAAAAGUUGAGGUCCUUCAACGUUCUCAGAGCCAUUUUCUUGGGGAAGAUUUAGGAGACUUGGGCACUAAGGAACUGGAUCAGCUUGAGCAUCAGUUGGACUUCUCAUUGAAGCAUAUCAGGUCAAAAAAGAUGCAAUUUAUGUUUGACCAACUUUCUGAACUUCAAAGGAAGGAAGAAUUCCUACUGGAAACCAACAGAAACCUGAGAAUGAAGUUGGACGAAAGUACUUCAACACUACCAUCGUGGGAAACCGGGGAGCAAAGUAUUCCAUACAACCACCCACCUCCUCAGUCAGAUGAAUUUUUUGAGCCUUUAGAAUGCAGCAGUUCUCUGCACAUUGGGUAACAUAUCGUAAAUCUGUUUCUUCUUUAAUUUCAUGCUAAUAGCUGAGGUUGACAGUCGAUAGAUUCUUUCCUGCUAACAUAAUUUUUCCUUCAACUUUUCGUGCUACAGUUACAAUCCUACUGUAACAGAUCAGGCCACUGCUGCUACAUCCUCUACACCAAGUGGAUUCAUCAUCCCUGGUUGGAUGCUUUGAUUGUUUUAACUUAAGCUAAAGAAUCCAGAUCUUCUCAUAUAACUGAUAAGAAUAGAGUACAAUAAGCAAAUCCCAACCUAUGUUUUGUUCUAUCUGUUAUGAAGGAUGGUUGAAGUGUAGGGCGAAGCUCCCAUGUAAUAAUUAUGUGGAAAACCAUAUUUGCUACUAAGAAUGCUAAGUUACUCAUAAU